AUGCAAUAGCAUUAUUCUUAAUAAAAUUUGCCUCCUGCAUAUCAAUAAUAAUAAAGGAAUGUAUCCAGCUCACCUAUGUAAAGACAGUUCCAAAUUCAGCCUUUCACUCCAACUCAAAACAUCGGAGGUUAAAAUGAAGGAAUGAAACCAUAUUCCACCGAUAUGAGAGAAAGAAGUAGAUAAAUGUAAAACACACCCUAAUAUAAUGGAUAAUCUUUAGAAAGUAUGGCUUUGCGCAUUUAGGCUCUUGAGAAGGAUAAUUCAAAUCUUAAAAAAUAAUUAGAAAAUGCUAAUCACUAAAUUCAAGUUUUGAAUUAGAAACUUAAUCAAAAUCCAUCUCAAAGUCUUCUUAAAACCACUACUUUUGAACUUGUUGUAUUGUAAAAGGCUGUAGAACAAUUAGAAGGACUUAAAAAUGGGCUUCAGAAGAAAAAAUUAUAGGGAAGUAAUAAUCAAACAACAUUACCUGAUUCUUAAAAAGGGGCCUACAGUGAACUCAAAAGUAAAGUUACAGUAAUGGAAGAGAAAUAAUAAUAAUUAGAACAAUAGCAAUCUUAAGUAUCUACUCAUUAUUUAAUUAGACUAUGCUCUUGUUUCCAAAAGAAUAAAAUUUACAAUCUAAUCCUCCUUCUAAAGAAGAAAUCAAAGAAGAACCAAGGUAAGCCAGAAGGUUUAAUGUCAAUUCUUAAUCUGAUUAAAUAGACAACCAAACGAAAGUAAGUCCUGUUAGGUAUUUGAAUGUAAAAGGAGGAACAAAUUAAAAUGCUUUGAGAUUAUCCCCUAGAAGAAAACCAGAUUUGCAGUAAAAUUGA